CUGGACACAUCAUCCUCCCCUCAUCAUGCACCCACACACACCUCCUGACUUCUCCUUCUCAGAUCAGUCACCCACGGUGCAUCUCAAGCUGUUGCACCACUGAUGACACACACUCACUCCUACACGCACACACACACAUUCCACUGAGUGGCAUGUUUUUGUUGCGCAGCAACCUCAUCACGGACUCUUCUCGUCUCUCUCUUCUCUCUGGUCUGUCUUUGGGAAUGAAGACUUAGUUGAGGCAGGAAACUGAAGGGGACACCUGUAACUGACGAGAGGACUCGCUUCUCCUCGUUUGACUCUUCACUCCAAAACAAAAAGGCUGCAGUGGGAUCAGUGGAAUCAGAAGAAACAAGAGCAGAAAGUCCUCCCGUCACCCUGGGAUCUACGGAGACAAGCGGAGUGCCGGUGUCGGCCAUGAAGAUGGUUAACGGUGGAGGAGGAGGAAGAGGGGGAGGAGAGAAAACUGCCUUCUCCUUUAAGAAGUGUUCUGCUUUUCAGUUUGUCAAGAGAAAGGUACGGAGGUGGAUGAGGAACCCCAAAGUGAACGUGGAGAAAACCCAGGGGAAAAAUCUUCUCUAUCCAUGUCCAAGGUGUCCCCUGGCUGAGGACCUGUGGUACACACACUUCCCCUCGCCGUACGGCUGCUGCCACUACGCAGGCCUGCAGGGAUGCCAUUAUUACCACCAGGAGCUCUGCUCUCCCUGCACAAAAUCUGGACAACCCAGUGGACAUGAGAAAGGCAAAAGCUGCAAGGUGCAGAAAUGGAGGAUGCUGUCUCGCCAUCACAACGAGAAUGUAGGCAAACCGAAGGAGGCGGCAUCAGAUGUUCACAUGGACGGUUGUCAGUGCUGGGCGCUUCACACAUCGCCCCUUCUGGCCAGCCCAGUAAUCCUGGAGUGCUCCGUCUGCAGUGGACCCUACAUCAGCUAUGCCAUGGAGGAUAGCUGGCAGCCCCGUCAACGUACUCAGGCAAUGGACCUGGACUACCACAAUGAGUCAGAGCAGGACAGCUACUGUUGCCCUGGAGACAGCACUUUUAUGAAACAGAGAAAGAUGGGUCUGAACGACUUCAUUCAGAAGCUCUCCACCAACUCCUACGCCUGCAAGCAUCCUGAAGUGCAGUCGAUUCUGAACUUGACUCCUCCACAGGACCCUGAGCUCAUGAACUCAAACCCCUCUCCUCCUCCCAGUCCAUCCCAGCAGAUCAACCUCGGCCCGUCAUCCAAUCCUUCAGCCAAGCCCAGCGACUUUCACUUCCUCAAAGUGAUCGGCAAGGGCAGCUUUGGCAAGGUGCUGCUUGCUCGUCACCGCACAGAUGACCAGUUUUAUGCAGUCAAAGUUUUACAGAAGAAGGCCAUUCUCAAGAAAAAAGAGGAGAAGCACAUCAUGUCAGAGAGGAAUGUAUUGCUGAAGAAUGUCAAGCAUCCAUUCUUAGUGGGCCUGCAUUAUUCUUUCCAAACAGCAGACAAACUUUACUUCAUCUUGGACUACAUCAACGGAGGAGAGCUGUUCUACCACCUUCAGAGAGAGCGCUGCUUCCUGGAGCCCAGAGCCAGGUUUUAUGCGGCAGAGAUCGGGAGCGCACUGGGAUACCUGCACUCCCUCAACAUCGUCUACAGAGACCUGAAGCCGGAGAACAUCCUGCUGGACUCACAGGGCCACAUCAUCCUCACAGAUUUUGGCCUGUGCAAGGAGAAUAUCGAACCCAAUGGGACCACGUCGACAUUCUGCGGUACGCCAGAGUAUUUGGCUCCUGAGGUGCUACACAAGCAGCCAUACGACAGGACAGUAGACUGGUGGUGCUUAGGAGCUGUUCUUUAUGAGAUGCUGUAUGGCCUGCCGCCGUUCUACAGCCGAAACACAGCAGAAAUGUAUGACAACAUCCUGAACAAGCCACUGCAGCUGAAACCUAACAUCUCCAAUGCAGCCAGACACUUGUUGGAGGGUCUGCUACAAAAAGACCGUACCAAGAGGCUGGGCUGUACAGAGGACUUUAUCGAAAUCAAGAACCACAUAUUCUUCUCUCCUAUCAACUGGGAUGAGCUUAAUGCCAAGAAGAUAACACCUCCCUUCAACCCUAAUGUGACGGGACCUAAUGACCUGCGGCACUUUGAUCCGGAGUUCACGGACGAACCGGUUCCAAGCUCCAUCGGCUGCUCCCCAGACUGCGUCCUCGCCACUGCCAGCAUCAAAGAGGCAGCCGAGGCCUUCGAGGGCUUUUCUUAUGCCCCAUCCAUGGACUCCUACCUAUAGGAUUCAGGCACUCAGUGCGGACACUGGUUUUCACUCACUGGACAUAGAUUCACUGUGCCAUGUCGGUGGACUUGUGUCUUGAUCCCUUCCCAUCAGAUUGAUGGUUUACUCCCAAACCAGGCCCUGUGAGAGCCCAUCAACAGCAAGUGUACCUGUCAUCUUCUCUCCAACACUUGAGUGCAUUUCAGACACUUGCAAAGAGGGAAUGUCUGCUGUAAUUAAUAGGUUGGGAUUGUUUUCCUCCAUUCCUGAGUUCCCUUUGAGUCUUAAGUUCCCACACUUUACCUGCUAAUGGAAGAUUUUUGCACAGAGUUCAGGCAGCUGAACGGCUUCCUUUAUGUCCCAACUGACAAGCACACAACAAAACUUCCACCUUUUGUCAUAAGAUGAAGGCUGGGCAGUAAAACAGUAAAAAAACAAAACCAAACCUGGAAUAAAUUUCCAUUCCAUGUAGCGAAAACAUCUUCCCUCCACUACCCUAGGGGGAGCUACAUGCUUAGCUUGACCAGAGAUGUUAUACAUUUUUGGUGCUUUUGUUUGUUCUCUUGUACUUUUUUUUUAUUUAAAAAAGGGAGUCAGAAGAAGCUAAAUGUUACAGAGGGGGGCGUUUCAUUUCUCUUAGAGGUGCCUGCAUUUUCUCUCUCCAUCAGAAGUCAAGUCAUUUGGGUUUUUUUCUGUGUGGGCGCUGCAGUUUCAUCUACCUAAGGCAGGUGAACUGAGAUGAAUUAUCCCACUUUACUGUAUGUAUAUACAUAUAUAUAUAUAUAUAUAUAUUGUAAGCAUCUGAGGAUGUAGCACUAAGUUCGAACUUGUUUGAUGAAAGGACUCAAAUGAUGUUUCAUACCUUCAUUUGCACAUUACUGAUGGAGAGGUGAAAAGAGAGCACUGCUGCUGGGCUGAGAAUGAGCGGCAUGUGUCGAGGAGCAUUCUUCCCGUACUUUUAGCUUGCCAGCCACGUCCCCCCUCAUUUAGUCUUCCAAAUUGCCUCACACUGAUGUAACGACGGCCUGCAGACAGGCUCAUAAACAUUCAAACUGAACAUUCCACUUUAAUAUUGCUGUAAUGCAUUUUUGACGGUAUUUAAGUUUCUUGUAUAUUUGGAGUCAUGUGUACUAGUUUUAAUGUAUAUUGAACAAGAAAUUGACUAAAGGUAUGCUUUAAUAUGUAUAUGUAACUAUUCAUGUUUAAUGUACUGUAAAUUGUAAAAUUGUUUAUGUGACCAUGUUUGGUUUGCAAUAAAAGUUUAACUUUAUUACAUGUUC